GGCGCCGGAGACCCCACCGGGGCUAAGGCUUCUGGCGAGCGGGCGGCGAGGGCCCGGCUGCGGCCUCCGCGCCAUGUCCUCGGCCCGCGACGCCAGCGGCGACUUCCCCCUGCAUCUCCUCGUCUGGAACAACGAUUACCGGCAGCUCGAGAAGGAGCUGCGAGACCAGAACGUGGAGGCUGUGGAUCCACGAGGUCGAACCUUACUCCACCUUGCUGUGUCUUUGGGACAUUUGGAAUCGGCCAGAGUCUUGCUUCGACAUAAAGCGGACGUUACAAAAGAAAAUCGCCAGGGAUGGACAGUUUUACACGAGGCUGUGAGCACUGGUGAUCCCGAGAUGGUGUAUACAAUUCUUCAACACCGGGACUACCACAACACGUCCAUGGCCCUCGAAGGGGUUCCUGAGCUGCUCCAAAAGAUCCUCGAGGCUCCGGAUUUCUAUGUGCAGAUGAAAUGGGAAUUCACCAGCUGGGUGCCCUUGGUUUCCAGGAUAUGCCCGAAUGACGUCUGUCGCAUCUGGAAAAGUGGUGCCAAACUGCGUGUUGAUAUCACAUUACUGGGAUUUGAAAACAUGAGCUGGAUAAGAGGGAGGCGCAGUUUUAUAUUUAAGGGAGAAGACAACUGGGCAGAGUUGAUGGAAGUCAACCACGAUGACAAAGUGGUCACCACUGAACACUUUGACCUCUCCCAGGAGAUGGAGCGCCUCACUCUGGACUUGAUGAAGCCAAAAGGCAGGGAAGUUGAGAGGCGGCUCACAAGCCCAGUUAUCAACACCAGCCUUGAUACUAAAAAUAUUGCUUUUGAAAGAACUAAAUCCGGAUUCUGGGGCUGGAGGACAGAUAAAGCAGAAGUUGUUAAUGGUUACGAAGCAAAGGUUUACACAGUAAACAAUGUGAGUGUCAUAACUAAAAUACGAACAGAACAUCUGACGGAGGAAGAAAAAAAGAGAUACAAAGCGGACAGGAAUCCACUGGAAUCUCUGCUGGGAACCGUGGAACACCAGUUUGGUGCUCAAGGGGACCUCACCACUGAAUGUGCCACUGCCAACAACCCCACGGCCAUCACACCUGAGGAGUACUUCAAUGAAGAGUUUGAUCUGAAAGAUAGGGACAUUGGAAGACCUAAAGAGCUGACGAUUAGAACGCAAAAGUUUAAAGCGAUGCUGUGGAUGUGUGAAGAGUUUCCCCUGUCUCUCGUGGAGCAGGUCAUUCCCAUCAUUGACUUGAUGGCCAGGACGAGUGCUCACUUUGCAAGACUUAGGGAUUUCAUCAAGCUGGAAUUCCCGCCUGGAUUUCCUGUAAAGAUAGAAAUUCCCUUGUUUCAUGUCUUAAAUGCACGGAUUACAUUUGGAAAUGUUAAUGGCUGUAGCACUGCUGAAGAAACGGUGUACCAAAAUGUGAAUGGAAGCCAGGCCAAUUCAGCUUCGCAAGUCACAAGCUUUGAGGUCGAUCAGUCUGUGUUUGAAAUUCCUGAAUCAUACCACAUCCAGGACAACGGCAGAAAUGUGCAUUUGCAAGAUGAAGACUAUGAGCUGAUGCAGUUUGCCAUCCAGCAGAGCUUGCUGGAAGCCAACAGUAGCCAGGAAGUCUCAGGACCAGCUUCAAAUGGAGGGAUUGGCCAGACACAAUCCUAUGAUGCCCAGUAUGAAAGGGCCAUCCAGGAGAGCCUCCUCACCAGCUCUGAAGGCCUGUGUCCUGGCACCCCAAGUGAGACCAGCCGUUUCGACAGUGACUUGCAGCUGGCCAUGGAGCUCUCUGCCAAAGAGCUGGAAGAGCGGGAGCUCCGGCUCCAGGAGGAGGAGGCAGAGCUGCAGCAGGUCUUACAGCUGUCACUCACUGAGAAAUAGGCCUCUCCAUCCCCGGCUGCACUAAGCAGCCACACCAACUCUGGGCUGCACCACAAGCACUGCAUCCUCCGGGGCCAGGAGGCCAGAGAGCUGCACCUCUUGUGUGCUCUGGAGAAGGUGGCCCUGCCCCAUUCCUUAUGCAGAAGUGCAGGGUCAGGGCCUCCUGGCCCCACUGUGACUCUCCCCAGGGAAGAAGGGGCUGGGCACUGGCAGGUCCCACCUCCAGACUAAGGGGAGGAGGUGUCGUCACUUCCAUAAACUGUAUUGGGUUGCAGGUCACAGUUUUACUACCAGCUUUAGACAAAAACCCCAAACUUUGCAGGUUUGUAGAUUAAUUUUUAUCAAGGAGGGAUAACAAAGUUAUUGAACAGUCAGGGUGCUUUUAUAUAUGGGAGCAGCAGUGGCCUUUGUAGAGUGUAGUUUAUGAAAAUUCAUCAGACACUUUACUUCACCAAAGAAAUGGGUCACCUGUCUGACAUUUUGACUUCAUACAGGGUUUCUAGAGCAUUGUCACUAGUCUCCUCCAUUGUCACCUUCUUCCAGUCCUUCUACCCCCAGCUACAAUUAGAGGAGAUAUGUACAGGAUCUAUUUUAGAUUUACAGUCAGCUGUUUGC